CAAUAACAUCAAAAAUGAUUUUCCAUCUCUCCCCUCUCCCUUAAUCAUCCUAUUAUUUAUUUAUUUUUUUUAAAUUUCUGUCAACUAAUCGGAUGGCUUCGAUCCGUCGAUCUCAGUCGCCGGCAUUUCACAGCCGUUCGAUUCAGAAUGGCGCUGGCGGAUUCUCCUCUUCUCCGUCUACCAAGCCUUUCCGUAUCGGAGACACUAAAUAUUUCCCCUCUUCCUCUUCCUCCACUCCGUCAACGCUGUUGCUCACCGCCGUCGAUUUAAUUUACCGCCGAGGAUGGCGUCGAUCUUUUUGCCGCUGUCUCUUAUUUUUUCUAGUGGGCUUGCUUGUAGGUAUUUCUCAGUUGGGACACAUGGAUACCGAUAUCCGAGCCGAGGAUUUAGCUCCUCCCGACCUCAGACCGCCAGAUGUUGACCCCCAAUUGGAGGAUCCGAUUGUUUCUUACGUCGCAUUAGGCGUUAAUACGCGAUUGGAAGAACAAAAGGAAGCUGCCGGUUCAAUAGAGCCGUUAAAGCAGUUAAUUGUUGUCACGCCGACUUAUAAUCGGGCAUUCCAAGCGUACUUCUUGAACAGGUUAGGCCAAGUUUUGAGGCUAGUGAAGCCGCCGUUGGUUUGGAUAGUUGUGGAGGAGAAAACGGUGUCGUUGGAGACGGCCGAGAUUUUGAGAAAAACCGGGGUUAUGUACCGGCACGUGGUGUCCACGCACAAUUCUAGUAACGUGAAGGACCGAGGGGUUCGUCAAAGGAAUGCCGCUUUGGAUCAUAUCGAACGGCAAAAGCUUGACGGCAUCGUGUUUUUCGCCGACGACGACAAUGUCUACACCAUCGAGUUGUUUGAAAGCUUGAGAACUAUCAGCCGUUUUGGAACUUGGCCAGUUGCCAUGCUUGAACGAAGCAAAAACAAGGCAAUUCUGGAAGGUCCGGUAUGCAAUGCGAGUCAAGUAAUUGGAUGGAACACAAAUGAGAAAAGCAAAAGACUCCGUAGGUUCCAUGUUGAUAUGUCAGGAUUUGCUUUCAACAGCACCAUCUUGUGGGAUCCAAAGCGAUGGGGGUACCCCUUCUCAAACCCAAUUCGACAAUUGGACAUGGUGAAGGAGGGUUUCCAAGAAACGACAUUUAUUGCUCAAGUAGUGGAAGAUGAAAGCCAAAUGGAAGGUAUACCACCUGGUUGUUCAAGGAUUGUGAACUGGCAUCUCCAUUUAGAUACCGGCAAUCUUGUUUAUCCCAAAGGCUGGCAACUUCAGAAGAACCUGGAAGUUACCUUGCCUAUCAAGUGAUGAAAGCUCAGCUCCACAAUUUUUUAAUGCUGAGGGGAUAAACAGUUGGGCCCAUGUUAUGCAUGUUGAUUCUUUAGUUCAACUUAUUCCUAGCCGAUUUGCAGCAAUGAUCACCAUAUAGUAGAGCCAUGUGCCUGUACAGUUAUUCAUCCGGCAACUACCAGGAGACAAGAUUUGUGAUUUUUCUUGUUCAUAGAAUUCUGUAACAUGGAAUAUUCUUACAGAACAUCUCUGGUAUUUCUUUUGGGGAAAUCUCCAUUUACGAAAAUGGGCAGUGGAUUUGUUUGUGGAUCCAUGGUCCUUACACCAUGCAUGUAAGUCAAUGUUCUUUCAAUGUUUUCUCCCACCCUUCAGAAUUGGGAUAGUUAAGGGUAA